AUGACACUCUACAUCCGGCCUUUGUCUGUGAGCGAUCUCGAUCAGUGCGUAACUGUCGAGUCCGCAGCCUUUCCACCUGCUGAAGCUGCGACUCGCGAAAAGGUAAACACCGUCAUCCAACUUGUAACAGUGGUUCUUCACCGACAUUUGAAUUUUGCACAUCCUGUAGCUUGCAAUGUUGUAUUCUUCCAGAUUGAGUACCGUUUGACAGUCUGCCCUUCUAUUUGCCUCGGGUUGUUCCUCCGUGGAGCUACGGGUUACCUUGAGGGGACACGACAACAAGGCAGCAUACCGGUUUUGGCUGAUGUGUCUGAAGGAUCCAAAGAUGACAGACUGAUCGCGCAUACUAUUUCCACACAAUCAGCUUCGCGGGUCGUUAAAGAUGAGGACAUGGCCGUCCCAGUGACCUGGAAGACGAUCCCUUCGGCGACAUACCAAGUUGGCCAUAAUCCUGACGGCAGAACCAUUGCGCUUCACUCGCUUGCUGUGUCACCACCUUUCCAAAGAUUGGGCUACGGCAAGAAGCUGAUGGCAGUCUAUAUCGAAGAAAUGAGACGAACAGUUCAAGCAGACAGGAUCUCAAUUCUUACUUAUGACAGGCUUGUUUCUUACUAUCAAGCAUUGGGCUUCACACAUUUGGGCAAGAGUCAGUCUGAAUAUGCAGGGGUUGCGUGGCAUGACUUGAGCAAGUAUGUCGAACGCUCGCUCGCCGCUGCAGAUACUGUAGCAAAAGACCGCGUCUUGCUCAAGGUCUGGUGA